AUGCUAGCUACAACCAUUGUUGCCAUUGGGCACAGCACAAGGUUCCCUGGGAAGCCGGUUCCCACGCUGGCCCGCCUCUUCUGCCCCGCCCCUGCGUCUCAGGGAGGCCACGCAGCCUGUGUCCUGUGCUCUGGCUGGCUGUGUUUGGGGUCGCGGGAUGUGUCCACAGCCCGCUGGCCUCCCGAUUGGCUAUGGGCGAAGGGGCAGGUGGACUGGUCGGCACUUCUGGGGGAAGUCGCUAUCCGGUUGGGGCCCAGGCCCCUGGCCUCUGGCUUUGGGAAGACAGCGGACCUUGAAGAUACUGGCCCGAGAGGGAGAGAGGAAGGAACCAGGGCCCCUGGACUCCUUGUGCCUUGCUUGGAGCGGACACCGGCAGUACAUUUUGAGUCCAGGACAGUGUUAGCCAGUUGGAUUGCAGGCAUAUUGUGGAAGUUGCUGAUGAGAUCCCAGCCCUGCAGGCUGUGUUCUUUCAGAAAGAUGUGAUCAACUCCAAAUUACAGACCUUUUUUAGCAUACUUCACCUAUACAACUGAUAGUCAAAGAAAAAGAACAGUGGAAAAGCUUUAGAAAUUUUCAGUUGACAUUAGGAAAAUUCGUAGAUUAAAAGGAUGGGUACUUUUAGUGGAUGAAUCUUAUGUUGAAGAAAUCGCAAAUAUUUUACAAUAACUAGGUGCUGAUGAGACUGCUGUAGCCAGUAUUUUGGAACGCUAUCUGGAAACAAUUGUUUGUAGUCCAACUGCUGUUAACACCCAGAGAAAACUCUGGCAGUUGGUCUGCAAAAACGAGCAAGAGUUAAUCAAGUUAAUAGAAAAGUUUCCAGAAUCUUUGUUUCCUGUUAAAGACCUCCUAUUAGGGGCCGGUUUCAUGGAAGACAAUUUUUCCAUGGACAGUGGGGGGAGAUGGAGCUCAGGUGGUGAUGCUGUGGACUGGGAAUUGGGGACCACAAGAGUAAAGGAUGGACAUCUAGCAAAUCUAAAAUGGAUCAAAAAAGGAAUUUUUGAGUUUGAAGCUAACUUUGGUAAAAUUCAAGCCAAAAAAGGAAAGCCAUUACUUAACCCUGUGGCACCAUUACAUGUUGAAGAGUGACUUACUUACUAAUAUCCUUUCUAGGAGAGCACAGUGAAACUGGCUAACAAAGACUUAUUGAAUUCAGGCAGUUUAUAGGCACCAGUAAAAAUUUUAAGGACCUGCUUACCUUCUGAGUUAUGUUUGUUACCUCCAAAAAGAUAAUCUGACUCAUUUGCUGUAUUUUAAAAUAUAAAUUGCAUUUCUUUUAAAUAAAAUUGGUAACUUUGACCUUAAACUAUUUCAAAAACUUAUGUACUAUUAAAUGGCACAUCAGUAUGAUAUUUUAUAAGUGAAUCAUUUCUAAGAAACUGACAAGUACUCCCUUAAUUCAAAGUAAGGAUACAUUUUUAUUCAUAUAGGACAUUUCAUCCAGGAUACAAAUCCAGUUUUCCUCACUGCCAUCCCUGAAACAUCACUCUGUGUUCUGAAUUCUGUAGCUUUGUGUUAAGUGAAAUACUAGCAAACUUCUAUCCUUUUUUUUUUUUUAGAGAAAACUAAUUUGUUUUGUAUUUGGAAUAAAUGAGUACCUUUGAGAACCAAGUAUUACUUGUCCAAAAAUAAUAGAGUCUAUUUGUGUGGUCAGUUUGUUUAAAAUUGACCGUUAUAUCUCUCAUGAAAUAUUUACAUGCAUUCAUUACUUUCCUCAUUUUACAGAAGAGGAAACUGAAGUGUGGAGAGGCCAUUUAGUUGGUAAAUAGCAGAGCCCAGAUUUAUUAAGAUCCGACUUCUGUUCAAACUUUGUGAAUAGAAAGGAUAACUUAUGAGUUGGCAUAAAAGAAGUCACCCCCUACCUGACAUGCCAAAAGAAAUUAGUACUAACAAGUUUGGGGACUUUUAUGCAAACUUCUCUAAAAUUUCUUAACUUAGAAAUUACUUAAUUUAUAUACAUUUGCAAGAAAUGCAGCUUUUCAGAAAGCUUUCUGAAAAUCUAGGUCUGCCUGUGAGGGAAAGUGUGUGAUGGUUGGUACUAAUAUUAAGGGUGGUGUUUCAAGUUUCCAUUUUUCAAUCUAAAAUAAAUAUUGUCUAGAUACAGACUGGCUCACUUUCAGCUGUUAAGUUUCAACUUUGUAACAAAUACACAACCAAACAAUUGACUUUGAUGCUGAACAUCUGUAUACUACUUAUACAUGGCCUUCUGAGUAUACUGAAAAGAUUAUGAAAAAUGCAAAUAGCAUCCUCACUCUUUAUCUAUACAUUCAGCAAGUGCAAGUAACUCUCAUUAUCCAAAUCUGUUCAAUUCCUUAGUUAAGAUAGUGAGAGACAGCUCUGUGUACAAUGCUUCACAAUCCUGAGAGUCAAGUACCAUUGUUUACUGUUCUACAGAUGAGGAGACUCAAGAUAAGUCACGUACCCAAGGUCACAUGGGAAUGUUUGUUCAAGAAAAAAGAAGAGCAGCCAGUACCACUGGAGCAGGGUUAUGGGGAGAGUGGCAUGAGAGGAGAUGAGCAGCACAGGUCCAUAUAAGGAGCAGAAUCUCAUUCUAAGUGUUGAUGGGAAACCCUUGGAGAGUUUUUAGUUUAUGUUUCUAACCCUUAUACAAGUAUCAGUGCAUGGUCUGUCUGUUUGGAAUAUAUUAUAUGGUUACCUUGGUAGUUGUCAAUUUGAGAUGCCUACUAGACAUCCUAGCAGGGAAAUGGCUAAAUCCUGAGUUGUGAGAAAUCAGGACUGAAAGUAGCAUUGGGGGCUCAUCUGCAUAUCUAUGAUAACCUAAAGCCUUGGCUCUAAAUCCAUGAAACUGACUGGGGAAAAGGUGUAGAUUUGGAGUAGGGUGGCUGGCCAACCCUGGAAAAGGUUGGUCACUGCAGAGCUGGUCAGAGAAAGGGGAGAUCUGGUCAAUAACAAUGAAUCCCACUGAAGGGUUAACUAAGAUACUGAGAUGUGACCAAUGGAUUUGGCAAAAAGGAAAUCAUUGGUUUACCCUAUCCAGAGUGAUUCUGGUGCAAUGAGGAGGUUGAGAAGGCCAACUGGAGAGGGUUUGAAAAGUAAAUGGGAGAUUAGGAAUAAGCAGCAACUAUAAGGAUUUUCAAGAAAUUUUGCAGCAAAGGGAAUCAGAAAAAUGGAGGUUGGUGAGAUUGAGUAAUUUUUGUUUAAAGAACAUAUUUAUACACUCAUGGGUUUGACCCAGAAGAGACAAAUAAGAGAUGGAAAACUGUAGGAUUAAUAUCUUGAGGAAGUGAAGGUGAGUUGACUUUGGAUAAAAGUCGAGAUAUUGGUGCUCAUCCACAGAGUAUGAGAACUGAUGCAGGCAGGUUGACGGAGCAGGUGUUGUGAGAGGCAGGGGCGUUGCUGCUGGUUGCCUCUUUACAGUAGAGGACAGUAGAAAAGGAGAGAGGAAAAAUGUAGGAGAGUUGGAAAAGAGAUAUGAAAUAGUCAUUUUGAGGAGUAGAAAGUGAACAUACAACAAAAGCGUAUAUAAGAAAGGUCAGCCGGGCGCGGUGGCUCACGCCUGUAAUCCUAGCUCUCUG